GUAAAUAUUUAAAGGCAAAGGUUUUGUCAUUCUUUCAGUGAGGAUUUUUCAUCUUUUAUACUGAAUACUGGUUUGCUGUAUUGAGUUUUCCAGCAUGAGCAGAAUCAUGUAUCUUUUAUGGCCUCUGCUGUUUCUUCAUGUUUCAGCACAGCGUUGGACUAGGUUUGAUGACCAACAAAAGCGUCCUACACAGGAGGGCAGAGUGAGAUUGGUGGGCAAUGUGCCUUCGUCUGGUCGUGUGGAGGUGUAUCAUGAUGGACAGUGGGGUUCAGUGUGUGAUGAUGGAUGGGAACUGGCUGAGGCACAGGUGGUGUGUCGUCAGCUGGGUUUUUCUGGAGCUAUAUCAGCCACCACUGGAGGACAUUAUGGUGAAGGCUCUGGUCCAAUUUGGCUGGAUGACAUAAACUGUAAAGGCUCUGAGAACUCAUUGUCUGAUUGUGGCCUCAAAGGUUGGGGUGUUACUGACUGCACACAUAAAGAGGAUGCAGGAGUUGUCUGUGAAACUGGUAAAAACAUGAGCAGCGAUCAUCAGUUCUCUGUGGAUAACAGUCUGGGUUUGUCUGAUGAUCUUGGUGAUCUGUUUGACAGUGGAGAUGGUUGUGAUUUCAGCAUUAAUGUACGAGACCUCAGUGAAGAGGCAGAAUUGACGUUUUGUGUACACAAGCUGAUUCUCAUGCUUUAUUCAAAACUAAACCUAACAAACAACUCCAGAAACCUCACAGUGGAGGUCAGCCAGACUUGCCAUCCAUAUGUCUCUUCUUUUCUCAGGUAUUUGUAUACACGGCAGGUUGAUGUUUCCAUCACAUCAGCUCAAUGCCUCCAUCAGUUGGCUUAUAUCUUUGGAGUGAAGAAGCUUAUGGAGGAUGUUGGCAGGGUCUUCACUCUACUUAUUCCUGAAGACAACAGCUUCCAGACCCAGUUAUCAAUGUACGAAUAUGGUGUCCGCACAGGUGAUCAUGUUCUGCAGGAGAAUGUCCUUCAGUACCUUUCCUGGAACUGUGAGUUCCUCAUAAGUUCUCCGUUAUGGAGCACCCUCUCCUUUCACAUGAUGGACGCUCUGCUGUUGCGCUCAGAUUUGGUUGUGAAGGAUGAAGCUUUUCUUCUUGAAGCACUGGAGAGCUGGAUCCAAGUCAAAGGCGAUGCAGUUAGUCCAGAACAACAGGCCAGUCUCCUGAAUCACAUCCGCUUCCUGUUGAUCCCAGUAGAUAAACUCUAUGACAUGCAGUUUACCUCAAGUAUUCUCCAUCAGAAUCAUGAGAAACUGUACCUAACUGGCAUGCUCAAAGGCUUUCAGUUUAAUGCUCUUCCCUUCUCUAAGAUCAGGAAGCAAAUUAAUAACGUCAGUGAUGAGUAUUUACCCAGAAUCUACACUGCAGAUGAGUGGAGUGUAUCUAUCAAUGACACCAUAGUCAAUUACCGGUACCAUAACAACUACGGGCAAAAUAACAGAAUCCGAACAUUCUCAACUCCUAUUCACACUAGUGCUAUUUUCAGAGACCAAAAGGUCCAGUGGCAAGCACAGGUUUUUCUUAGCCGUCAGGAAUGCUCUAAUAAUGGUUUUAGAUGUGAUUCUCUCCCUGUUGCAAGGUUCCUCACAUAUGACAAUCCGUACAAUUAUGCCAGCAUUAUUCGCUUUAACAACAGGUUAAUCCUCAGCUGUAAAAAUGAAAACAAUGUCUUUCAUGUCCAAGAUUUUAAGAAUAAUGUGGCGGUGAUUUCAAACAACAGCAGUAUGGCCCUGCCGAACCCCUGUCCUGAUGACUACAGAUUUAGAUUUGUAGUGCGUCCGGAGUAUAUCUGACUGUAUGGAUUCAGCUUCAGGUAGUUUCAUCCAGACAUUUCAGUUUGGUCUCAUCAAUUAAAUUUGAUUAAAUCUUUAUAAAAUUAUGUUAAAUAUUCAUCUAUAUUGUUGAAUAUUGUUUAAUCCUAAUGUUUUUUUUUUGUUUGUUUUUUUUUUUACUAAAUUUUAAAUUUGAAUCAUAAACAAUGUUUGAUUUUUAAGGUGUACUGAAAAAAAAAUAUAUAUAUUUUUUUUUCAUA